UUAAUACCUGGCCGAUGUCUUGACUGUUCACUCUAUCCUUGAAUAAUCGCCUGGAGAGGUUGCUACUUACCUUAAGGAACUGCUUGACUCUUUUAAUAGGCUUUCUGAAUCAUUGCCGCGUCAUUUUGUCGUAUUUUUGGAUACGGUUGCACUCUUCAACAUCAGAGACUGUACCUGUGUCAUUACCUGAGCCAUUGAGAUUUUUGCGGCAAGAUUGGGACUUUGUCGGCGAAACAUGACACAUGCGUUGGCGUAUGUUGGUGUGCUAAUAGCCAUAAUGGCAGCAACGGAAGCAAGGCCUAAAUCAGCUGAACCAAAGUGUAAAUCUGGCCCGGUCGACCUUGUGUUCAUCAUCGAUGGCUCCCGCAGCGUUCGUCCCCAUGAGUUCGAGACAAUGCGCAAGUUCAUGAUAGACAUCAUCCACGAGCUAGACAUCGGCCUGGAAGCUACAAGAGUCGGUGUGGUCCAAUACUCCAGUCAAGUCCAGAACGUGUUCUCCCUCAAAGCCUUCAGCAAGACUGAGCAGAUGGUCAAAGCCAUCAACGAGAUCAUUCCAUUGGCACAGGGUACAAUGACCGGCCUGGCCAUCCGCUAUGCCAUGAACGUAGCCUUCUCUGCUGAGGAAGGCGCCCGUCCCAACGUUCCCCACGUAGCGGUUAUCGUGACAGACGGACGCCCUCAGGACCGCGUGGCUGAAGUAGCGGCUGCUGCGAGGGAGUCUGGGAUUGAGAUCUACGCCGUUGGUGUCGCCAGAGCCGAUAUGACCUCACUGCGAGCUAUGGCGUCUCCACCGUUUGAGGAUCAUGUGUUCCUGGUGGAGAGCUUUGACCUCAUUCACCAGUUCGGGCUUCAGUUCCAAGACAAGCUUUGUGGGAUGGACUUGUGUCUGGAAUCGGAUCACGGCUGUGAGCACAUCUGUGAGAGUUCGCCUGGCUCCUACCACUGUCUGUGUCUGCCUGGAUACACGCUCAACGAGGACGGCAAGACCUGCACACCCAUUGAUCUAUGUGCUGAAGGGAAGCAUGAUUGUGAGCAGAUCUGCAUCGCUUCACCCGGGUCGUUCACGUGCGACUGUAACACGGGAUACACGCUCAACGACGACAAGAGAACCUGCAAAAUGAUCGACUACUGCUCAUUUGGAAAUGAUAGCUGCGAGCAUCAGUGUGUGAGUGUGCUCAAUGGCUUUAACUGUCGCUGUAACGAAGGAUAUUCACUCAACGAUGACCUGAAAUCCUGCACAAUGAUCGACUACUGCUCAUUUGGGAAUGAUAGCUGUGAGCACGAGUGUGUGAGUGUGCUUCAGAGCUUUUAUUGCCAAUGCCGUGAAGGAUACACACUCAACGAGGAUGAAACAACAUGCACAAUGAUCGACUACUGCUCAUUUGGGAAUGAUAGCUGUGAGCAUGAGUGUGUGAGUGUGCUCAAUGGCUUUAACUGCCAUUGUAAUGAUGGAUACUCACUCAACGAUGACAUGAAGACCUGUACAAUGAUCGAUUACUGCUCAUUUGGGAAUGAUAGCUGCGAGCACCAGUGUGUGAGUGUCCUGAAAGGCUUUCACUGCGUUUGUAAUGAUGGAUACACACUCAACGAUGACAAGAAGUCUUGCACAAUGAUCGAUUACUGCUCAUUUGGGAAUGAUAGCUGUGAGCACGAGUGUGUGAGUGUCCUGAAAGGCUUUCACUGCGUUUGUAAUGAUGGAUACAAACUCAAUGAUGACAAGAAGACCUGCACAAUGAUCGAUUACUGCUCAUUUGGGAACGAUAGCUGCGAGCACCAGUGUGUGAGUGUCCUGAAAGGCUUUCACUGCGUUUGUAACGAUGGAUACUCACUCAACGAUGACAAGAAGACCUGUACAAUGAUCGAUUACUGCUCAUUUGGGAACGAUAGCUGCGAGCACCAGUGUGUGAGUGUCCUGAAAGGCUUUCACUGCGUUUGUAACGACGGAUACUCACUCAACGAUGACAAGAAGACCUGUACAAUGAUUGACUACUGCUCAUUUGGGAAUGAUAGCUGCGAGCACCAGUGUGUGAGUGUGCUCAAAGGCUUUAACUGCCGCUGUAAUGAAGGAUACUCGCUCAAUGACGACCUGAAGACCUGCACAAUGAUCGAUUACUGCUCAUUUGGGAAUGAUAGCUGCGAGCACGAGUGUGUGAGUGUGCUGAAAGGAUUUAACUGCCGUUGUAAGGAUGGAUACACCCUCAAUGAUGACAAGAAGACCUGCACAAUGAUCGAUUACUGUUCGUUUGGGAAUCACAGCUGUGAUCAUCACUGUGUUAGUGUGCUCAAUGGCUUCUACUGUCGCUGCAAUGAGGGAUACACUCUUCAGGGGGAUGGAAAGACCUGCCAGUCGGAUAACUUGUGUAACACAGUCGAACAUGGUUGUGAAUACCAGUGUGUAAGCACUCCAGGAUCAUACCACUGUAUAUGUCCUGAAGGCCAUGUGCUACAGGACGACGGCAAGACCUGCGGAACCUGUCGAUCCUCCAACAUCGACCUGGUCCUCCUUAUCGACGGUUCCAAGAGCGUACGGCCGCAGAAUUUCGAGCUUGUCAAGCAGUUUGUUAACCAGGUGGUGGAUCAGCUGGACGUCUCCCCUAAAGGAACACGCGUGGGUCUCGUCCAGUACUCAAGCCGAGUGCGGACAGAGUUUCCGCUCAGCAUGUAUCAGACAAAAGAAGAGAUCAAAAAGGCAGUGAUGAAUGUGGAAUACAUGGAGAAAGGGACCAUGACAGGCUUGGCUCUCAAACACAUGGUGGAGAACAGCUUCUCGGAGGCUGACGGAGCACGUCCUGCUGCGAAGAACAUCCCACGGGUUGGCCUGGUUUUUACUGAUGGGCGUUCACAGGAUGAUAUUCAAGAGUGGGCCAAGAAGGCCAAGGAAGCAGGUAUCACCAUGUAUGCUGUUGGUGUGGGUAAAGCUGUGGAGGAUGAACUGAGAGAGAUUGCCUCUGAACCUGUGGAAAAACACUUCUUCUACACCGCUGACUUCACUGCCAUCAGCCAGAUCGCCGAGAACCUCAAACUCAAUGUCUGCGCAGCUGAGAGUCAAGGAAAGAUCGAGGUUAAGGACCGCUGCGCUUGUGAAAGUCUUGUGGAGUUCCAGCAGGUUACGAUGUCCACCCUAGACCAGCUCAACCAGAAACUGUCAGCUAUGACCAAGCGAUUGGAAGUCCUGGAGAGUCAGCUGCUCACGAGAAAAUGAAAGCGCAAUUUACACAACAGAGUGGAUUAGGACGGGGCCCGCUGGGUGUGAAGGGUCCCACAGUCACAAGAUCUACAGGUGUAGACGCCUGAGGCAUGAGGCCCACUAUUUCCGGUGCCAUUAUUGGACAUGGCUGAUACUGUUCCCUAUUUAUACAUGAUCUGUAUUGUAUGAUUUAUAGAGAGGUAUGUAUUUAUGGCAAAUUUGAUAUUAGCAUUUAUACACUAAAAGGGAAAUGAAGUGUUUGGUACCACUCUGAAAAAGUCAUCUUUGUUAUGUUUGCAACUUUUUUGACACCAAAUUUAUGCACAAAUACAUUUAUGCACAAAUACAUUACAAAUUAUUUAGUUUUACAAUCUGUAGUACUGAUAUCAAAUGAGACUAAAACAUGCGCUCUGUCUUAUUACCAAAGCUGUUGCCUGUCAAUGUUGUGCAUGAGUAUUUAAAAUAGUCAAUUGUUUAACUGGACUGCAAACAGAUUUUCAACUCAAGAAUGGUCUGAAUGGUUUGUUAACAAUAAAAUGAGAAUUGAAAAAUUGUGUAAACAGGGUAAUGUGUACGAGUGCCCCUUAAGAUUGCAGUUUUUUUUGAUUGUUUUUAUUGAAUAUGGAAUCCAGUUAUGAUACCUCAGAGUACUCUGGCCUCAGGUUUUUAUGUUUUCUAGAUGUUUGCAAAAAAAAGGCCCCAUUAUAAGGCUCUUGUAUGUGAAUUCUUGUACUUUUUGGAUAUUUCCUAAUAACACUCUUUUUUAAAACA